AUGUAAAAAAAAAAACAAAAACAAAAAUCCAUAAACGACAGAUCCAAUGAUAGCUUCUUCUACUUUUUCAUCUUCUUCAUCCACUUCAGAUACAACCCUUUUCCCUUCCCAGCUUGAAAACUCCAAAAAUGUCAUCAACCCAACAGCCAUCAUCAUCUUCAUCAUCAAAAAAACAACCCCUUUUCAUAGCUUCACUUAUAAUCCUAUGGUACUCCUCAAACAUUGGAGUUCUUCUCUUAAACAAAUUCUUACUUUCAAACUAUGGUUUCAAAUUCCCAAUCUUUUUAACAAUGUGUCACAUGUCAGCUUGUGCUUUUCUCAGUUACAUCUCCAUUGUGUUCAUGAAACUUGUCCCUCUACAACCAAUCAAAUCCAGGCCUCAGUUUCUAAAGAUUGCAACUUUAAGUGUUGUCUUUUGUGGUUCAGUUGUUGGAGGUAAUAUUUCUUUAAGGUACCUUCCCGUGUCCUUUAACCAGGCUGUUGGUGCUACCACACCCUUUUUCACUGCCCUGUUUGCUUACUUGAUGACUUUCAAGAGAGAAGCUUGGGUUACUUAUGGUGCUCUUGUUCCUGUUGUUACUGGGGUUGUCAUUGCUAGUGGGGGUGAACCAGGUUUUCACUGGUUUGGAUUCAUUAUGUGCAUAAGUGCAACUGCUGCAAGGGCCUUCAAGUCUGUUCUUCAGGGCAUUCUGCUUUCUUCGGAAGGGGAAAAGUUGAACUCGAUGAAUUUGCUACUCUACAUGUCACCAAUUGCAGUUCUAGUUUUAUUGCCUGCUGCACUUAUAAUGGAGCCCAAUGUGUUAGAAGUCAUCUUAUCACUUGGAAGACAGCAUAAAUACAUGUGGCUGCUUCUUCUCAUUAAUUCAACAUUGGCAUAUUCAGCUAACUUGUCAAACUUCUUGGUGACUAAGCAUACAAGUGCAUUAACACUCCAGGCAGGUGAACCUAGAAGACAUGUCUUUAACAGCCACAACAGUUCAAAGCUUAGAAGGCAACAAAAGAGCAUCGGAGCACCAUUAUUAAUUUUAAAAACAAAAAGAAGACUAGCCACUUGGCCAAGGAAUUGGUAUUCAUAUCAUCAUGGAUAAGAACAGUGAAGUGGGGCAAACAUUAUGUGAGGGUCAUGAUUCUUGCAUAGCAAAAGACAAAAUUAAAAGGGUUAAAAAUAAAAAUGGUCCUCUAUUAUAAAUUAUAUGCUAGUUUAGUAUUUUAAAAAUAAAAUUUUCACUUUAGUAUCCAAAUUUUCAUUAUGUUAAAGCACUUUGAUAUUCUGGUUUAAUACUGUUAGUUAACUUGCUUCUUUAAUAUUAAUACCUAACAAAAUCAUGACAUGUAACAUAUAUGUCCAGUCAUUGUUCUAUCAUCUAUUUUUCAAGUCAACAUUUAAAUAAAAAAUUUAAAAGUUUUUUAAAAAUAUAUU